AUGGCCAGAUCACUCAGUCUGAUCUUCCUCGCUCUAGCCGCCGCCGCCGUGGCCGUCGCCGCCAUCUCAGCUCAGGCCAAAACGACCAACACAAUCCACAUCCCCUACGCCUCCGCCCCAUUCUCCCCCCUACGCUUCAUAAACCGCCACCAGCCCCGCCUCGGCCCCUACCUCCACCAUCGCCGCCACCACCACCACCACCGCCACCACGCGCCUGCGCCGUCGCCCUCCAGCCAGGAGGUGGCUCUCCCGCCGGAACCCUUCCCUGGAUUCUACAUCUGCCUGGAAAAGCUGGCGGGAACGUGCGGCAGCGAGAUAUACAGAGGCAUAUUCGGGGAGGAAAGCGUGAGCGCCAGGUGCUGCGGACAGCUCGUCGGAAUUGGGCGGCGCUGCCACAGAGAAAUAAUGAAAGCAACCCUUGAGCUGCCGGAGAUGGCGAAGGUGGAGAAGGAGAAGAUCAAGAAGAGGGAUGCUGAGAUUUGGUCGCAGUGCGUUUUCAUCAACAAUCUUAAAGCCGGCGGCUCCUCUCGCUUCCCAAUUUCACCUUAA